AGACAUUUCAUCACACUGCCACAAGUAAUCUGGUUACUUUGUUGCUCAUGCGUUAUAACAACACGUCUAACCGGAAAGAGUGAGUGUUACGUUUAGUUGCAGACGUCCUCGGUUUAAAGGACGCCCAGAUUUCCUGUCCUCACACACGGUACACUGUCCCUUUAACUGAAGGGGUCGCCCGCGCAGUUAGAGCCGCAACCUUUUAACAGGCUAAACCUCCGUUCACUCAGACUCCAUUCAUAAACAAGACAUCGUUUUUAUGCCGUCGCAUCUAAUUCCUCUUUCAGUCAACCGGAUGUGAGGGACAGGCAGGAGCCAGAUAUGUUUACCUCGGUCGGGGACACGGCUGAGAGAGUAGAAGUGACUUCCCAUGGCUGAGCCCCCUGUCGAUGGUUUUGACUUCAUGUGUGAUCCGUUAGGAGCAGGAGGCAGCUUGAUCCAGCUCAGACCCAAAACAUGCUCGCUUCCUCGUUGGGUUUUAUGAUUUCUUCGUGCUUUCGUAUACAAGAAGCUAGACCGUUUUAAACAGCUUCCCGCUUUCCAUCCUUCUUUUUUUUAUUAUUUAGAUUUUCUGAUAAAUGUAAAUACACCAGAGGAGCCGUGGAUCUGACAUUCCGAUGGAGCUGUGAAUUAUGGCAGCGAAAGAGGACCUGUAUGCCAAAGUCACACCUCGGAGGCAGCGCCAGAGCCGCCCGAACACCGUCAAACAUGGGUCCACUCUUGACGUGCUGGUGUCCAUGGGCUUCCCCAAGACCAGGGCCUUGAAAGCUUUAGUUUCGACAGGAGGCAAAAAUGUCCAGGCAGCUUGUGACUGGCUCUUCUCCCAUUUGGAUGAUCCUUUUCUGGAUGACCCACUGCCAAGAGAGUAUGUGUUAUACCUGCGGCCCAGUGGACCGCUGCUCCAGCAGCUCACACACUUCUGGAAGCAGUCCCGCCUUUCCUGUGGCAAGAACAAGGCACACAACAUCUUCCCUCAUAUCACCCUCUGCCAGUUUUUCAUGUGUGCUGAUGGGAAGGUGGAGGCUCUGUCUGACGCUCUCCAGACCACCGUGGCCAAGUGGAAAGGUCGCAUACCCAUGCCCCUCCCCCUGGAGCUCUACACCUCCUCAACCUUCAUAGGGCUCUUCGUGGAGGAGCAGAUGGCGGAGGUUCUAAAGAGUUUCGCUGCUGAUUUUGCCACUGAAGCAGAAUCGAAAGCAGAUGUUCAUGUUGAGCCCCAUAAGAAGCAACUUCAUGUCACUUUGGCAUACCACUUUCAAGCCAGUCACCUUCAAGUUUUGGAAAAGUUGGCCAAAAAUGUGGAUGUGUCUUCAGGCUCUGAUUGGCUGGCUGUGCUCUUGUCAAGAGAUAUUCGCUUUGCUAAUCAUGAGACGCUGCAAGUCAUGUACCCGUAUGUGCCUCAGAACGACGAUGAGCUUGAACUGUUGCAAGGAGACUUCAUCUUCAUGUCUCCAGUGGAGCAGACCACUGCUAGUGAGGGCUGGGUGUACGGCACUUCGCUGGGCACAGGGCUGUCCGGCCUGCUGCCUGAGAACUAUGUUAGUCGUGCUGAUGAGUCGGACACAUGGGUUGUCCAUGGGUCUUACUCUUUUCUCAACUGUGCCUCUCCAUCUAACUCUGGUAGCACUGUGAGUGGGUUAUUAUUCGAUGGACAGAUGAAUGACAGCCUACUUGACAGCUUUAUGGAUGCUUCCAGCCUUUCUGGCCUCUGUCCUCCUAUGCAGGUAUCAAGGCCAAGUGGUCAGGCCUCCCUGUCCAAUAUGAGACUGUUUGUGUGUCGCCAUGGCGAAAGGAUGGAUGUGGUAUUCGGGAAACAUUGGGUCACUCAGUGCUUUGAUUCCAAAGGUCGCUACAUUCGGUCUAAUCUCAACAUGCCGUCCAGCCUACCAGCUAGAAGUGGUGGUCACCGGGACUAUGAGAAAGAUUGUCCAAUUACUGUGUUUGGAUCCACACAGGCCCGUCUUGUUGGUGAAGCCCUGUUGGAAAGCAACACAGCGAUAGACUUUGUUUACUGCUCUCCUUCUCUUCGCUGCAUCCAGACUGCUCAGAACAUUUUACAGGGUCUCCAGCAGGAGGGAAAGAUAAAAAUCCGGGUGGAGCCUGGUUUGUUUGAAUGGACCAAAUGGGUUUCAGGCACGUGUUUACCAACCUGGAUCCCCCUGGCUGAGCUGGCUGCUGCUAACCUGAGUGUGGACACAACAUACAGACCUCAUAUUCCCAUAAGUAAGCUGGCAGUGUCGGAGUCCUACGACACCUACAUCAGCAGGAGCUUCCAAGUGACCCGAGAGAUCCUGACAGAGUGCAAAAAUCUGGGAAACACGGUCCUGAUUGUGGCCCAUGCUUCCUCCCUAGAGGCUUGCACUCGCCAGAUACAAGGCCUCAGCCCCCAAAACUCCAAGGACUUUGUCCAAGUUGUCCGAAAGAUUCCUUACUUGGGGUUUUGUGCUUGUGAAGAAAUGGGAGAGACAGGGGUGUGGCAGCUGGUUGACCCACCCAUCUUGCCUCUGACACAUGGACCCAAUCACAGUUUCAACUGGAGGGAAAUGCUAAUACAAGACUGAAGGAUGCACUGUUUAGUCUUGUUUUUUUUUUUUUUAGCCUGAACUGCUGAAAAAUAUUUAUUUCUUCCUACAUUGUUAGAAUUCCUGCCCAAUGACCAAAAGAACUAAGAAAAUAGCUUCUGUCAGACAUAAUGCAAAAGGAAAACACAAAAAAAGAAAAGAUAAUUGAGGCAAAUGUAUUCGGACAUGCUGCGCAGGAAGGAGAAAAUAAAGUCUGUGUGGUGAUCGCCGCAAAAAUGAGCUACAGUUUGGUUGGCAUUUUCUCUCCUGUCUAAUGGUGAACUUCUUUACCCAGAUUGUGGAGGUGCUACAUAAUAUUGGGACAUGUUCUGAAGGAUGUGAUGAAUCAGGUUUUUAGCCAUGCUAAGCUCUGUCUAUGGGCCCUCUUCAGGUUUGGCGGUGGUAUGUAAGACUUUGUGACUUUGUGAUCUGCUGCCUUCUCACACACUGUGACAAGAACUAGUCAAGAAAAACUUGUAUAACAGAAUUAUUUUUCCAUGUGUCAGAAAUUAUUAUUUAACUUGUAGCGACAACCCCCUUGUGAAAAAGCACAAAAGAAUGGUUGACAAUCAGACAGGGGAGCACUGAUCUUCAUUGUUUCUGGUGCUGAGGUGGGUAGUUUAUUAUACUUGUUAUAUUCCUGUAAAUGUCAUAUCAUUUUGUUCUACCAUAACACAUAUGUGCCCACAUGAAUAUAGUAACCAUCUGCUAAACCACAGUCCACAGUAUUUAUCAGGAGGCAACCAAGACCAUAUGAUGAGAGAAAAUUAAUAUAAUCAUCUAUAAAAUUAUGUUGGUUGCUAUUUAUAUCUAGGUGCCUGAUUUAUUAUUUUUUUUGCUUGUUUAUCAUGACCCUGACAUUAUGUAAGCCUCAUAACCACACUGCUUUUCAAAUAUUUGGUGCAUUAUGUUUUUAUUAUUUUUUUUUAUUACUAUUACAUCAGAUGAUUUAAGUGCUCACUGCUUGUCCCAUUUAUUUACUGUAUGACUGAAAAGCUAUUGAUACCACAAAAAUGAAUAAAGUCAGGCCAUAGAGCUAUGAAAGCCUGUA